CAGUUCACAGCGCAGUGCUCAGGGCGACGUGGCGGGCGGGAGUACGGAAGCCGCUGGGAGAAGCUGCUCUUACCGCUGCUCUGAGCAUCUCCCUGCUGCGUGGACUUUCCCCUGGCACCAUGUUGAAGAAAUUCGACAAGAAGGACGAGGAGUCGGGUGGAGGCUCCAACCCCCUUCAGCAUCUGGAGAAGAGCGCUGUACUCCAAGAGGCUCGGGUCUUUAACGAAACUCCCAUCAACCCUCGGAAAUGUGCCCACAUCCUCACCAAGAUCCUUUAUCUCAUAAAUCAGGGGGAGCACCUAGGGACCACAGAAGCAACCGAGGCUUUCUUUGCCAUGACCAAACUCUUUCAGUCCAAUGAUCCCACACUGCGCCGCAUGUGCUACUUGACCAUCAAGGAGAUGUCUUCCAUCGCAGAGGAUGUCAUCAUUGUGACCAGCAGUCUGACAAAAGACAUGACUGGAAAAGAAGAUAAUUACCGUGGUCCUGCUGUGCGAGCCCUCUGCCAGAUCACUGAUAGCACCAUGCUGCAGGCUGUUGAGCGCUACAUGAAACAAGCGAUUGUGGACAAGGUACCCAGUGUCUCCAGCUCUGCCCUCGUAUCUUCCCUGCAUCUGCUGAAAUGCAGCUUUGAUGUGGUCAAGCGAUGGGUGAACGAGGCCCAGGAGGCGGCGUCCAGUGAUAACAUCAUGGUACAGUACCACGCACUAGGACUUCUGUACCAUGUACGGAAGAAUGACCGUCUGGCCGUGAGUAAGAUGAUCAGUAAGUUCACCCGUCAUGGCCUGAAGUCCCCCUUUGCCUACUGCAUGAUGAUCCGAGUGGCUAGCAAGCAACUGGAGGAAGAAGAUGGCAGCCGUGACAGCCCACUGUUCGACUUCAUCGAGAGCUGCCUGCGUAACAAGCAUGAGAUGGUGGUGUAUGAAGCUGCCUCAGCCAUUGUCAACCUGCCAGGCUGCAGCGCCAAAGAGCUGGCCCCCGCCGUGUCAGUGCUCCAGCUUUUCUGUAGCUCACCCAAGGCUGCUCUUCGCUAUGCUGCUGUCCGAACCCUCAAUAAGGUGGCCAUGAAGCACCCGUCCGCGGUGACUGCCUGCAAUCUGGAUCUGGAAAACCUGGUCACAGACUCGAACCGUAGCAUCGCCACAUUGGCCAUCACCACCCUCCUCAAGACAGGGAGUGAGAGCAGCAUUGACCGCCUUAUGAAGCAGAUUUCUUCCUUCAUGUCAGAGAUCUCAGAUGAGUUUAAGGUGGUGGUUGUCCAGGCCAUCAGUGCCCUGUGCCAGAAAUAUCCUCGGAAACAUGCCGUACUCAUGAACUUCCUGUUCACCAUGCUAAGGGAAGAGGGUGGCUUUGAGUACAAGCGCGCCAUAGUGGACUGCAUCAUCAGCAUCAUUGAGGAGAACUCAGAGAGCAAGGAGACGGGACUGUCACACCUGUGUGAGUUCAUUGAGGACUGCGAGUUCACUGUGCUGGCUACCCGGAUCCUGCAUUUGUUGGGCCAGGAGGGGCCCAAGACCAACAACCCCUCCAAGUACAUUCGCUUCAUCUACAACCGUGUGGUCCUGGAGCAUGAAGAGGUUCGGGCAGGUGCAGUGAGUGCUCUGGCCAAGUUUGGAGCCCAGAAUGAAGAGAUGUUACCUAGCAUCUUGGUAUUGCUGAAAAGGUGUGUGAUGGAUGACGACAAUGAAGUGAGAGAUAGAGCUACCUUCUAUCUGAACGUUCUGGAGCAGAAGCAGAAGGCCCUCAAUGCAGGUUAUAUACUAAAUGGUCUGACCGUGUCUAUCCCUGGUCUGGAAAGAGCCCUGCAGCAGUAUACACUGGAACCAUCAGAAAAGCCAUUUGACCUCAAGUCUGUGCCUCUGGCCACCACCCCUGUGGCAGAACAGAGACCAGAAAGCACCGCCACCGCAACAGUCAAACAGCCAGAGAAAGUGGCCGCCACUCGACAGGAGAUCUUCCAGGAGCAGUUAGCAGCGGUGCCUGAGUUCCAGGGGCUAGGGCCCCUCUUCAAGUCCUCACCUGAGCCAGUGGCCCUCACUGAGUCAGAGACUGAGUAUGUCAUCCGAUGCACCAAACACACCUUCUCUGACCACUUGGUGUUUCAGUUUGACUGCACAAACACCCUCAAUGACCAGACCCUGGAGAAUGUCACAGUGCAGAUGGAGCCCACUGAGGCAUAUGAAGUGCUCUCCUAUGUACCUGCCCGGAGCUUGCCCUACAACCAGCCUGGGACCUGUUACACGUUGGUGGCUCUGCCCAAGGAAGAUCCUACAACUGUGGCAUGCACAUUCAGCUGUGUGAUGAAGUUCACCGUUAAGGACUGUGACCCAAACACUGGAGAGAUUGAUGAAGAAGGCUAUGAGGAUGAAUAUGUGCUGGAGGAUCUAGAAGUUACUGUGGCUGAUCACAUCCAGAAAGUCAUGAAAGUGAACUUUGAAGCAGCCUGGGAUGAGGUGGGGGAUGAGUUUGAGAAGGAGGAAACAUUUACCCUGUCUACCAUCAAGACACUUGAAGAGGCUGUGGGCAAUAUUGUGAAGUUCUUGGGAAUGCAUCCUUGUGAGAGGUCAGACAAAGUGCCAGAAAACAAGAAUACUCACACGCUGCUGCUAGCUGGUGUGUUCCGGGGUGGUCAUGACAUCCUUGUGCGCGCCCGACUUCUGCUUUUGGACACAGUGACCAUGCAGGUGACAGCAAGAAGCUCAGAGGAACUGCCAGUAGACAUCAUCUUGGCAUCAGUGGGCUGAGGGCUGGCCUAAGCAGGCCCUACUCCUGCCUUUUUUCAACACUACGUUGAAGUAGCUUCAUCCCCAUGAAGCCAGUGGAAACCCUUCCCCACACCUCUGUAUUCAGAAACAAUCACGAAUCAAUACAGAUUUUUUUUUUUAAUUCCAUCCUAUCACCCAGGAAUGCUAGGGUAGAUUUUGUUUUCCACCUUGCCUGCAAGAAGCCAUCACAAAUGAAUAAAAUGUUCAGAUUUUCUUGCAUAUUUAUCCCCAAA